AUGAGAUUUGUUGCUAUCAGCUCAAGGCAGAACCAUAGAUUGCCUGAUGCACAAGAAAAAGUUGAAACCUGCCCCAUACCAAGGCCCCGUGCUGAGCCAACCAAGCCUGAACCAACAUGCCCCAAACCAAGACCCCGUCCUGAGCCCACCAAGCCUGAACCAACUUGCCCCAAACCAAGACCCCGUCCUGAGCCCACCAAGCCUGAACCAACUUGCCCCAAACCAAGACCCCGUCCUGAACCAGAACAUCCUAAACCUUGUGACAAGAGACGAGUCAUUCACCAUCCAACUCCUUGCCCUGAGCCAGAGCCCGAGCCACGUUGUCCUAGACGCGAUGUUCCCUGCUAUGAGUGUGAGAAGCCUGAAGGAAUCCAUACGGCAUUCAGCAAAAUCCUCGCAACUCUUAAUGAGCCCAGCGCCAACUAUACCCUGAGCUUUGCCAACAAGCUCUAUGGAAACAAGGACAUUGCCUUCAUCCAGAAAUUCGUUUUCUGUGCUCUGAAACUGUACUUGACUGAAGUGGAUGGUGUUGAUUUCCACAAUGCCCCUGAGGAAGUGAGGAGACUCAUCAACCUUUGGGUUGAAAUCCGUACACAUGGUAAAAUCAAGGAUCUCCUCCCCAAGGACAGCUUUGAUUGCCUUGUUCAGCUCCUGCUGGUGAAUGCUCUCUUCUUCAAAGGACAAUGGGAAGUGAAAUUUGACAAAGAGCUCACAGAAGAAGCCCCCUUUUACCCUCAUCAUGCAGAUGAGAAGGAAUGCCACAGCGUGCAGCUGAUGCACAGGAAGGGUGUCUACAAUGCAGGGACAAUUGAACUAUGCAAUGUUCAAGUCCAAGUUCUUGAGAUCCCGUACAAGAACAAUGAACUGAGCUUUGUUGUACUGCUGCCAGUAGACUGCAGUGCAGAAGCUCUUGAACAGCUGGAAGAUGGACUUAGCCAUGAGCAUCUGCUUGACCUGUCCUGUCAUCUGAAGGCCAUCGAGAUGGAUGUGGCCAUUCCCAAGUUCAGCUCAGAGAAGAGCAUUGAAGCCAACGAAUACCUGAAUCUGCCCAAUCUGACUGACCCCGAAAAGGCCGAUUUCUCUGGAGCAACCGCAACAGAAGGUGUGGCUCUGACUCAGCUGGUCCAUGAUGCUGCUAUUGAGAUUGAUGAAGAGGGUGGUGAAGAACCAGAGGCAGUCCCUUGCACCAAGGAUAGGCGUCCACGUCGGGAACCUGUGGUGUUUCUGGCUGACCAUCCUUUCCUCUAUUUCACCCGGCACAAUUGCACCCAGAGCAUCAUUGUUCUCGGUAGAUUUGCUAAGCCAGAAUAAAGGAAGAAUUCAUGCAACAAAAUCAAUGGAAAAUGGAUACGGAAAAUAUUUUAUAGAAGAGUAUUGUUUCCCCCUCUCCUCUUUACUCAGCAAGGCCAACCUUUGCAUAGCUUUGGGCAAAGAGAACUUUCAUUGGGUGGCGGGCCAAAUUUUCACGGUAUGACAAUAAUGCUUUAUAGGAUUGUUGCUCUACCUGCCUUCUCCUGUCGUUUUACAUCUUUUCAAUAAGAUGUUUGGUAAAUGACAAUAUUCGGUAAGUGCAUUUUCCCCUGCACUAUAGCACUGUGAUGGAAGAAACUGCACUUCUUUGGGCCACAACUAAAUUUUUCUAAAUGGAACACUAGGGUAGAGCCUGAAGUCAGGAA